ACCGGGUCCCUCUGGGAUUGUUGAGGGAGGUGCUGCGGGAGUAUGGGGUUCCAGACUCGUAUCCUGUCUCUGUACGCCUGCAGUAAGAGCUGUGUUCUGAUUCUCAGCAUUAAGUCAGACACGUUCCCGGUGGGCGUUGGCCUCCGCCAGGGCUGCCCUUUAUCACCGGUCCUGUUUGUGAUUUUCAUGGACAGGAUAUCUAGUCGCAGCCUGGGGGUGGAGCAGGUCAGAUUUGGGGAUCUCGGGAUCGCCUCUCUUCUGUUUGCAGAUAAUGUGGUCCUGUUAGCAUCCUCGGAUUGUGACCUCUGGCAUUCACUGGGGCGUUUUGGCAGCCGAGUGUGAAGCGGCAGGGAUGAGAGUCAGCACCUCCAAAUCUGAGGCCAUGGUGCUCUGCCGGAAACCGGUGGAUUGCUCCCUCCAGGUGGGGACAGAGUGCCUACCCCAGGCGAAGGAGUUAAAGUGUCUCUGGGUCUUGUUCACGAGUGAGGGUAAGAUGGAGCAGGAGAUCGACAGGCCGAAUCGAUGCGGCUGCAGCAGUAAAACAGGCGAUGCACCGGACCCUCUUGGUGAAGAGGAGCUCAGCUGAAAGGUAAAGCUCUCAAUUUACUGGUCGGUCUACGUUCCAACCCUCAACUAUGGUCACGAACUUUGGGUAGUGACCGAAAGAACAAGGUCGCGAAUACAAGCGGCCAAAAUGAGUUUCCACCGUAGGGUGGCCGGGUUCAGCCUGAGUGAUAAGGUAAGGAGCUCGGACAUCAGGAGGGAGCUUAGAGUCGAGCCGCUACUCCUUCGCGUCUAAAGGAGUCUGCUCAGGUGGUUCAGGCAUCUGAUUCGGAUGCCUCCUGGACGUCUCCCUUUAGAGGUUUUCCAGGCACGUCCAACUGGGAGGAGACCCUGGGGAAGACCCAGGACACGCUGGAGGGAUUACGUCUCCCGGCUGGCCUGUGAACGCCUCGGGAUCCCCCGGAAUGAGUUGGAAAAUGUUGCGGGUGAGAGGGAAGUCUGGGUCAGCCUGCCAGGUCUGCUGCCCCCAAGACCCGACCCCAGAGUGGUACCACCAUGACCUGACCCGCCAUGCCGCAGAGGCCCUUCUCUUGUCCAAUGGGAUCGAUGGAAGUUAUCUCCUGAGAAACGGUAACGAGGGGCCAGACUGCUUUGCCCUGUCCGUCAGGGCGAAGGAUUCUGUGAAGCAUUUUCAUGUGACGAGCAAAGACAACGGUUAUCUGUUUGGGAUCAACCAGUUUGCAACCCUUCAGGACUUUGUCAACCACUUUGCUAACCAGCCUCUGCUGGGCAGUGACACAGGAACCCUGAUUGUGCUGAAGUGUCCGUACCCAUGGCGCGUGGAGGAGCCAUCCAUCUACGAGUCUGUUCGGGUUCACACGGCCAUCCAGACGGGCCGCACGGAGAACGAUCUGGUACCCAACGCACCGUCGCUGGGCACGAAGGAAGGCUAUCUGGUGAAACAGGGAGCCAUUGUGAAGAGCUGGAAGCCGAGGUGGUUCACACUGAACACAUAUGAACUCAAAUACUUCAAAGACACAAUGUGUGAAGAGCCCAUUCGAACCCUCGACCUGAGAGCCUGCUCUGCAGUCCAAUUUGACUACUCUCAGGACCGAGUCAAUUGUUUCUGCCUGGUGUUUCCUGAGAGGACGUUUUAUCUCUGUGCAAAGACGGGUGUGGAGGCAGACGAGUGGAUCAAGAUCCUGAGGUGGAAGCUGACACAGACACUCAAAGGCCGAUGACUGCUGACGGAAAGAAUCCUCUGGUUCAUAGAGGACGUCACAUCCGCUGGAUGAGGAAUACCGAAAAAAAGAAAUGGGCUACACAAUAGCCAAUCAGAAAAAAAUCCUGUAUCUGUUGUAUCUGGGUAAGAUUUAAUCCAGCAACCAAUGAAAAUAAAGCAUCCUGGAAUUACGCGCGACUGACUGAUAUCCGAAAAUUUCGUUCUGCAGAGGGGCGGGGGGGUGAUGGAAAUGUCACUCUUGCCUGUCUUCAAAACUUGUGAGCCCUGCUUUGACCAUAUUAUAUGUAAUGACAAUCUAUAUUAUUUCAUUACCGUACAUGUUUUCGGCGCAAGUUUAGCUGUUAAUCAGACCAGUUCAGAGUUGUGGUCAGGACAAUCAAAAGACCGUAGUUAUAAAAGCUUUGGGUUUAAACGACGGGGAUGUGGUGUGGCGACUAAAACAAAUGUCUUGUCUUUAAUUAAAGGGAGAGUGGCCAUUGGCUCAGACUC